AUCUCUCUCCACUUUCUAGCCUCAAACUUAAAAUAACCAUUCGGCAUGUUCACACCAACACUAUACUCAACAACUUAAUUUCAUGCCAUGCCAUUAACCAUAGUAUUCAGCAUCUAUAAAUACCCCAAAACCUCUUCGCAGUAGCCAGCAUCAAACACACUAUACACCCUCUAUACUAUAUAGUUCAAUAUCCUUAAUUAAUUUACCUUACCUUAUAUUGUUACUAAAACCUGCUACGUUAAUGGGUGUACCUUGGUCGUGUUGUUUGCUUGCAAUGCUUGUUUUGAUGUCAGUUAUUGAAUCAGAAAGUAGAAUAGCAAGGAAGGAUUUGGGUUUGAACCUUGGUGGGUUGGGAAUUGGACUUGGAGUAGGAGUAGGUUUGGGAAUUGGAGGUGGUAGUGGCUCUGGUGCCGGCUCUGGUUCUGGUUCUGGUUCUAGCUCUUCAAGUUCAUCUUCUUCUUCGUCCUCUAGUUCUGGGUCUGGGUCCGGAGCAGGAUCAGAAGCAGGCUCAUAUGCAGGCUCUCGAGCUGGAUCAGGGUCGGGUAGAAGUCGCGGUGGUGGAGAUGGCUCCGGGCAGGGAUCUGGUCACGGUGAAGGUGGUGGUGAUUAAAGAAAUGCAUGAAUUGAUUAAUCUAAAAAUAAUUUGAAUAAAAUAAUAGAAAAUUAUUUGACGAAAUAAAUAACCAGUAGCUGGUGUAUGAUGUAUGAUGGUUGAAUUCAGAUAUAUAAGAGUAUAAAUGACCCAAAAAUGCUGUGUUUUUAUUUAAUUUGCUUUUUGUUUCAUGCAGACCAAAAAUUUUAAAUUUCCUUUCUAAUAA